AGAACUCAACAAGACACAACAGGCACUUGUUCCUGUGACUGGAUAUGAAACUGAAGUUGUGACAGCAGGAGGUGGGUAGACAGCGAAAAGUCGCAAGCAUGUAAACUCCAGGUCCUAGGAGCUGGUCCACAACAACAUGGACGAGAUAAGUCCUUUGUUGGGCAACCAGAUUUCUGGGCAACCACAGGAGGGUCCAGACCUUCUGUCUCCAAACCUGAGGCCGAGACACCAGGAACUGAUCCCGACACCAUGUGGACCGAUAAAGCGCUGGUCGGAGCUAUCAUGUCUGUUGAAGCUCUACUUCAUCUUCACCAUAGUGUCUCUGCUGGCGCUGCUCGGCCUCACGCUGUCCAGCAUCUACAAGCAGCGCACAGAGACAGACUUGUCUGAUGAGGAAAACUUCACCGUAUCUCUCAUCCAGCUGGUUUCAAUAUUGUUCUGCAUCUACUACAUCAGCCGCGGCGUGCUGCAGGAAAACCGUCAGGAGCUGGUGGUGUUCGUGCUCAGCGUGUUGGUGGUGAUGGUUCGAUCGGUGGUCAACUUCUCCGUGCUGGGGUCAAAGAGCCAGCAGGAGCUGCUGGUUCGUUUUGUGUGCAUCAUGUGUCUGGGUAUGACCCAUGUCAUCUGCACCUCGCUGCUCAUGCAGAGGCCCAACAUGAUGGCUUUCCGUGUUGGCGGGGCCUUGGAGAGUCUGCAGGAGCAAUAUUUCCUGCUCAACCUGUGUUUCUCCAUGGUGACCUUUGAUCUCCAGGCUCAGUUGUGUCUGUGUAUCCUGAUCACCACGUCGGACUCGGCCAUGUCUGCUCCUAACACCAUCAUCCUGGCUGUUGGAGUGGUGUGGGCCUGCCUGACCGCCGCUGUCGGGGCUGUUGCAGUUUUAAAGGAAGCCAAGGUGUUAGUGUGGGUCUUCAUGGUGCAGAACCUUCCUCAACUAGCCUUCUUUGUUUAUCUGAUGUACAUGGUGGUGACGACAUGGUUCCAGGACAGCACGUACACCCUGGAGGCAGCUGCCAUCACCGGAGCUUUGAUUUCUCUGCUGAUUAAAGUGGUUUUAUUCUGGGGCCUCGUCAGGCUGGUGCACAGCUUUGGUCAAGGCCUGAGGGAGAGAAUGUUUGCACACAACAAGUGAUAAAACAUCCAGUGAUCGUGGACCAAGGACACAGCUGUAUACUAAGAGGGUGAAGGCACUGACCAGUCAGCUGGCAGUUUGUUUGUUUUUAGUUUUCAAUGUGCUGUUUACUGUGUAGAUUUUAUUUUAUUUUAGCUCACACUUCUUUGUCAGCGUGCCUAUCUACAGGAUGUAAAGCAUCACAACUGAAACUACAUGAAAUGCCUUUGUAGACUGUUAAUGGUCUUAACGAUUCGUUUUUACAGUUUGUUUGCAUUGUAAUAUCAAAUUCCAUUGGUGAUUAUAGGCUCUGUGUAAAUACCAAAGACUUUUUAAAGUGGCCAAUGUCCUUCUUUACAUAUCUUAAAAUGUCCUUUUUGUUUCCUUUCGUUUAAUUACAUUUAAUGUUGACUGACUUUAUUUUGCUUUUUGAAAUCAUAAUUGUUUAACUUAAAUCUUGUGAUCUGCACUGUCUAGACUACUAUGGGUAAUACUGGAAUAUUUUUUACUUAACUUCCUGCAGCACCUUAAUGCACCAACCCAAGUGUUUUUUGUUCAUUCAAGGUUAUUAAUAAAAAAUAUCAAAACAACAUUUUGUUUUGAUUUGUUGCUCAAUGAAGAGAGAUACACAUCGAACUGAGUUACAUCCAGGUAACAUUUUCAUGAUUAAUAGAAAACUUUUUCAUGAACUGCUUUCAUGUGUGAACCACUUUGAUAAAACAGAAGGAUACUCAUGUCCUGUAUAGAUUUUAUUUUUGUUGAUUAA